CUCAGUGUUCAUCCUCAAGCUGUGUUUUUAUUCAGUGUUUUAGGAAGAAUUAUUUCUAACAUGAUGUUUUGAUGAUCUGGGACACAGCUCAGGAUUCACAUAAAUCCCAUUUGUGAUCCGUUCCAGUUUUUCCAGCCACCUGAAUCCAACGUAACCCACUAACGCGGUGUGUGUGGAGUGUGUGUGUGUGUAAGAGCAAUCGAGCCUUGUUUACAGCGCCGGAGCUGCGAUAACGGGAGCUCCACUUUACUAUACGCGCUUAUCGGAAAUCAUAACGAUGAUGGAGAUAAUAACAUCUGCGAUAAUCAGACCGCUUUAGUUCUGUCACCUGCCGUGUGUUUGCUCGCUCACUGCUCAUUUCUGCGUGGAAAUAAACACCUAGCUAAUUACUACUAGCCGUGCCGUGCUAACGGAGCUGAGCUCCCAAUUCAAAAUCUCAGACUUGAGCGGACGGAGUGAAAACGCGAGGAAAAGGACGGAGAAGGAGGAAAAACGGCGCUGCGGCGGUUCUUUUUCACGCCUCUUUCGGAUUAUUUAUUAUUAUUUAUUUUUAUUUUGUUUUUUCUCCACCUUCUCAAUCACUCCCAGUCUCACUCCCAAGUUACCAAGUUAGGAAAGUUGCCCCUUCGCAUUCGUCGGAUGAAAAUUAAUCCCCCCGAAUGCAUAUGAGCGACCCUCCGACAUCCAGCGUCUCACCCAGCUAGUUAGCCGUUAGCUCGCCGCGCGCACGGUUUCCCAUUGGACCGGCUACAAGGCGGCUAGCUCGGUUCAGCUAGCCCCGCAAAGAAAUGGAGUCGGAGGAUGCGGGCUUUCAAAUUCAUUCGUCAACGUGUGCGGGAAUUCGGAUAUACAUCGGCUAGCGUCUUUCAGGGAUAAUUGAAAAGCGAGUAUCCGCAGCCUAACCCGAGCUCAGUGACUAAAACCCAUGCUGAAGUCAAAAGGCGAGCUAAACCGGCUAAGCUAACUGGACUCCAAUUGAAAUUCCUAUACGCAUUAGGCUAAACAAGCCAAGCUAGCGAUACUGUGUGUGAGUGUGUGUGAGAGAGAAAGAGAGUAGCUUUUCAGUUAGAAUUUUUUUUUUUUGGACAAUAAAAAUACACCAGAAAUAUACAGAUAACCGAAAGUAAUCUCUUUUUUUUCUUUCAAUUAAAUUUUUUAUUGGAAAAGGCUACAAAUAAUUAUAGUCGGCUGGCUAUAUUUCGGUGUCAUUUUUUUUUCUUUAGUUACUUUUUCCUCAAGUGUUUACAGGAAUGAGGUGUUGGACAGCCAGGACUCAUUUGUCCUCAUGUUGUGCUCUGCUGCUGCUGCUGCUGCUGUCCCUCUCAGUUCACUGCCAGUGGCCCUCAAAUGACGGAAUCUGCAGUCCAGGCAUCGACAUCGGGAAUGACAUCAGCGACUUCAAGAAGCUGGAGAACUGCACGGUGGUCGAGGGCUACCUGAAGAUCCUUCUCAUCGUAAACAAGAUCACCGAUCAGGAGGUCUUCCGCACGCUCAGUUUCCCCAAGCUGACAAUGAUUACAGACUAUCUGCUCCUCUUCCGUGUCCCCGGGCUGGACAGCCUGAGCACGCUCUUCCCGAACCUGUCGGUGAUCCGAGGCCGCAAUCUCUUCUACAACUACGCGCUGGUCAUCUUCGAGAUGAACAACUUGAAAGACAUCGGCCUCUACAGCCUGCGCAACAUCACUCGUGGCGCCAUACGGAUCGAGAAGAACCCGGAGCUCUGUUACUUGGAUUCUGUCGACUGGUCUCUCAUCAUGAACGCAGACUUAAACUUCAUCGCUGGAAACAAGCAGGCAUGUGCAGACGUUUGCCCGGGGCUCGUGGAGGACAGUCCGAAGUGCAUCAAGACCAACUUCAGUGGUGUCUCAAACUACCGCUGCUGGACUUCUGACCACUGCCAGAAAGUGUGCCCGGAGCGAUGUGGGCAGCGGGCAUGUACGUAUUCAGGAGAUUGCUGCCACGCUCAAUGCCUGGGCAGCUGCACAUCGCCAGACAGUGCCACGGCCUGCGCCGCCUGCCAGCACUACUCCCACGAAGGCCGCUGCGUGGAGCGUUGUCCUCCGGGCAUGUACAUAUUCGAGGGCUGGCGCUGCAUCACCUUAGAAAUGUGCUCCGAGAUCCACCUGCCUUACUCGGAGCGCUUCGUCAUCCACGGGGGCGAGUGCAUGAUGGAGUGCCCACCCGGCUUUAAUCGUGAAAACAGUCAGAGUAUGUUCUGCAGUGCUUGUGAUGGCUUGUGCGACAAGGUGUGUGACGGGAAAGACAUCGACUCCGUGGACGCUGCACAGUCCCUAAAGGACUGCACUGUUAUUAACGGCAGCCUGCGCAUCAACAUCCGGCGUGGCAACAACAUCGCGUCUGAGUUGGAGAACUUCCUAGGCCUCAUCAAGACCGUGACGGGAUGUGUGCAGAUUUCUCAUUCCCCCACUCUGAGCUCGCUGUCCUUCCUCAAGAGUUUAAACCACAUUAAUGGGAAGGAGCUCUGCGAUAACAUGUAUGCCUUCUCAGCAUUUGAUAACCAGCACCUCCAGUUUCUGUGGGACUGGUCACAGCACAACCUGACCAUCCAUGCAGGGAAACUCUUUUUCGGCCGGAACCCCCACCUGUGCAUGUCCGAGAUCCGCAAGAUGUGGCUGAAAACGGGCAUCAAGGAGAAGUUUGUGGAGGAGGAUUUCCGCAACAACGGAGGCCGUGUGAACUGUGAACGUAAAAUUCUCAAGUUCAUAAACAAUAGCACUGGGAGUAACACAAUAGCGCUGACAUGGGAACGCUACAAACCGCCGAAUUACAGAGGCCUCAUCAGUUUCGAAGUGUACUACAGAGAAGCGCCUUUUCAGAACAUCUCAGAGUUUGACGAUCAGGACGGUUGUGGGUCCAACAGCUGGAUGAUGGUGGAUGUGGACUCACCGCAGGACCAAAAUAGAAACCCCGAGGUCCUUCUGUCAGGCCUUAAACCCGUGACGCAGUACGCCAUCUUUUUGAAGACUGUAACUUUGGUAGUGGAGGACAUAGACACGCACGUUCUGGGGGCCAAGAGCAAGUUGGUCUAUAUUCUCACUAAGCCUAAAGUACCUACAAUGCCUGUUGAUAUCCGUGCCUACUCCAACUCAUCCACAAGCCUGGUGGUUCAGUGGUCUCCUCCGGUCUCUCCCAACGGGAAUCACAUCUACUAUCUACUUCGUUGGCAACAGCUGGAAGAAGACCGUGAGCUCUACCAGCACAACUACUGCUCUAAAGAGCUGAAGAUUCCCAUCAGAUUCUCCACAGGGCUGGCAGACGUCAUCGGGAACAUGAAGCCUACCAAUUCAGACUCAGCAGGGCAGAACAAAAGCCUUUGCUGCCACUGCCCUAAAUCAGAACUAGAUCUCAAAAAGAACAGGGAAGACAUCAUCUACCGUAAAGCCUUUGAGGACUUCCUCCAUAACAGCAUCUUCCAGCCGAGACCGAGCCUUCGUCACCGCAGGGACAUAUUCGGAGAGGCCAACUCCACCUUCCUACACGCACUGCUCGGUGACAGCGGGAGCCUAGGUGAGGUAAACUCCUCAGCCCCAGAGCCACGUACACGAGAGUUUCAUGAGAGAAAGGUGGAAGAAACGAGCGUCGAAAUUCAAGGCCUAAAGCCAUUCACUGUGUACCGCAUCGACCUGCACGCUUGCAACGAGGAGAUCCAGCAGUGCAGCGCACCUGCCUUCUCCUUCCCCCGCACCGAACCAGCAGACAAAGCUGAUGACAUCCCAGACAAAGUGACGUGGCAUAAUGUGGAUGACUCUGUGAUAAUGAAAUGGCCUGAACCAGCACAACCCAAUGGCCUCAUCCUGCUCUACGAGAUCCAGUUCCAUCUGGGAGGCGAGCUGGAGAAGCACGAGUGUGUGUCCCGUCAACACUAUAAGGAGCAUCACGGUGUUCGGCUCACUAACCUCGGUCCUGGUAACUAUUCGGUCCGCGUGAGGGCCACCUCACUGGCUAGAAAUGGCUCGUGGACGAACCCUGUAGUCUUCUACAUCCCACAGGCUGAACGCUAUGAGAACCUCCUCUACUUAAUGUUCAUCCCCAUUGUGCUGAUCGUGUUCGUUGCAGUGACCAUGUUUGUGCUCAAUAAGAAGAGGAACAGUGACAGGCUAGGAAAUGGAGUCUUAUACGCCUCAGUCAACCCAGAGUACCUCAGUGCGACUGAAGUGUACGUCCCUGAUGAAUGGGAGGUAGCACGGGAAAAGAUCACCAUGAGCAGAGAGUUAGGCCAGGGCUCCUUUGGCAUGGUGUAUGAGGGCAUCGCCAAGGGUGUCGUCAAGGAUGAGCCUGAAACCCGGGUGGCCAUCAAAACAGUUAACGAGUCCGCCAGCAUGCACGAGCGCAUCGAGUUCCUCAACGAAGCCUCUGUCAUGAAGGAGUUCAACUGUCACCAUGUGGUGCGUCUCCUUGGCGUGGUCUCUCAGGGACAGCCCACUCUAGUCAUUAUGGAGCUGAUGACACAGGGCGAUCUGAAGAGUUAUCUACGCACACUACGAGCCAUCAAGAACACAUCGAGCCUGCCUUUGCCCCCGCUGAAGAAAAUGAUUCAGAUGGCAGGAGAGAUUGCAGACGGCAUGGCAUACCUUAAUGCUAACAAGUUUGUCCACCGAGACUUGGCAGCCAGAAAUUGCAUGGUGGCUGAAGACUUCACUGUCAAAAUUGGAGAUUUUGGCAUGACGCGAGACAUUUACGAGACGGAUUACUACAGAAAGGGUGGGAAGGGCUUGCUGCCUGUGCGCUGGAUGUCUCCCGAAUCCCUCAAAGACGGCGUCUUCACCACCAUGUCUGACGUGUGGUCUUUUGGUGUGGUGUUAUGGGAGAUAGCCACCUUGGCAGAGCAGCCCUAUCAGGGUAUGUCCAACGAGCAGGUUCUGCGCUUCGUCAUGGAGGGAGGUCUGCUAGACAAACCUGACAACUGCCCCGAUAUGAUGUUUGAGCUGAUGCGCAUGUGCUGGCAGUACAACCCGAAGAUGCGUCCCACCUUCCUGGAGAUCAUCAGCAGCAUCAAGGAUGAUCUGGAACCCAAUUUCAAGGAAGUGAGCUUCUUCUACAGCGAAGAGAACAAGCCGCCAGACACGGAGGAGCUGGACCUAGAGAACCUGGGCACCAUGGAGAACGUUCCCUUGGAGCCCUGUGCCAAGGCCCCAGUUCCCUCACCCACUCCCUCCUCGCCUUCCUCGGGCACAGACAAACGCUGCUCCAAUGGGCCGGUACUUCUGCUGCGAAGCCCUUUCAAUGAGGCACAGCCUUACGCGCACAUGAACGGGGGCAGGAAGAACGAGCGCACGUUGCCCUUGCCCCAGUCGUCAGCAUGCUGAUGCCAGCCUGCCUACUUUUUAUCCUCUUUUCUUAGGUCACGUUAAGCCUCGCUGGCACUCCGGAGAACUCCCGCUCCACUCUGUCUAAUCACCACGUCCUCUCUGGAACCGAGUGCCACGAAGGAAACCUCGACAGAAAGGCGUCGAGGCGGUCAACCUCUCAUCAUACCUCAGUGACGCAGUUUGUUUUUCUCUUUGUGUUGCGACCUGCGUUGACUGACAGACAGGUGGCAAACUUCACCGCCAUCACUAUAGGAGCACGGCAAACACUGACCGGGAAGAGAAAAAACAAAACCCUGAAACAAUAUGGAACACACACAGUAACUUCCAAGGAGCGCACACUCCCUCCUUUUAUAGUGUUUUUGUUACUUUUAUACAUUUCCAAAUAGGGAAUUUCACAUUUAGGGUCUUGUCUGAAAUCAGUCAUUGUGAGGUGGCAUUAUUGUAAAUCAGAAUUUAACUGCGCAUAUUCUUAAUCUUUAUUCCAACAGAGAGGCACUUUGUGUUUUAGGUGUCCAAAGACAUGAUAGCUCUUUAAAAAAAAAAAAAAAAGGAAGAAAAAAAAAGUGCGUGCCGGAGCGGUUACAGUGCGGCUCGAAGCCGGGUGGGCACCAUUAACAUGGAAUCUCAUCUAACAAACCGUGAGACUCCGCCCACUCUGUGUAUCUACUCAAUAGUAGAGCAGAAAGUUUCAAACCUGCCAUCAUCUUUUUACAAAAAAAAAUAAUAUACUUUUUUUUUUUUCUUUUUCUUUUUUUCUUGCCGUAUUUCUUGCUGCGCUUGAAUGUGCACAAAAGCAAAUAUGACACUCCACAUUUUUUUUUUUACACUGGUGUGUAUAUAUCUUAUCUAUCUCUAAAUAUAUACCUAUUUUUUUCAGCUCUUCUUGUGCUUAAUUGAUUUAUGAUCAAUGCAGAGGUUUUUCACCAGAUUGCCUCCUGUUUAUUUUCUUGACCAGGUUUCUGUCUCAUACAUUCGAUUCUACUGCAAAACUUCCAGCCACGUUCAGAAAGAAACAGGAGGAGGGGCUGUUGGGUCGCAGAAGUGAAAACAUGAUCCUAAAAAGGCCUAACAUGCAAUUAACCACAUAGCAAAAAAAAAAACAACAAAAAAAAGGGUACCUGGAAGAGAUUAAGGCAAGCACAGUGUAAUUGAAGGGAUCUAGAGCGUCGUGAAACCAUCUCAGUCGGUCAAACGUUGGACCACAGAGCAAACACGUCAUUCUUCAUCAUCUGUCACUUUUCUACCUUUUUUACGGUUUAAAUGAACUUCUGUAUGUCUGUACUGAAAGAAGCUGCUAUUUUUUUCUCGUUUUCUUUUGUGGUUGUAAUAUAUAUAUCUAUAUGUAAAACAGAUCCUUCGGGUUAAAUCCUUUAGUGUCCACUACCAUCUUGUACUUUUGCAUAAGAAAUAUAUACUAUUUAUAUUUUCUGCCCCUUUUUCUUUUUCUCCAUCCACAUUACAGAGUGCAUUCGUUUCAGAAUGGGUUUUUUUGUUGUUCUCUUUUGGCAUAGAUUUAAAAAAAAAAAUACAAAAAAAAACAAAACAACAGUACAAAUUCACUUCAUUGUGGAAUUCAUGGUGGCAGACUCUAUUAGCAGUUAAACACUGUGUCUUAUCAAAUCAGAUUCUCAGGUUAAAUCCAAACCAUCAUUUCAAGCACCUUAAACAUGUUAAAGAUAUUUUUUUUUUUGUUUGUUUCCAUCACAAUACAAUCCUGUUACAUACUGCAGGAAUAGGAUUAAAGGAAUCGUUUGGCCAAAAAUUAAAUUUGCCCCUUUUUAAAAAAUAAAAAAAAAAAUUUUUUUUUUUUAAACAAUUAUUUUUUUUAUUAGGGAUGCAUCAAUACCAUUUUUACCUCCAGACCAAGUACGUGUGUUUUUGCUACUCACUGAUACUAAUACUGAAAUGAGUAAAAUACCGAGUAUAAAGCAAUCAGGGGCAUCAUGGAACAUUUUAUUUAGCUUUGUUUAUGUCGCUAGCUGCACUGUGCUCCUGGUAAUGACCUCAUGAGUUGUAUGUUUAAGAUGUCAUGAUGUUUAAACAUGAUCUUUUAGUAAAGAACGCGAGAGCACAAAGAGCAGCGAUCGUUCAAAACGAGUGCCGUCAAUUAUACAAAGAGGAACGCGUACGUUUUUAUAAGUCUCAGUGCUCGCAGAACUGAACUGCUCUUACACACCUUGCACUUGUUUUUAGUGACCAGAUGCUGUUGAUAUUUUUGCAGAGCACAGUUUGCAGCCUGCUUUGCUUUCUUUCGCCAUCAUUGAUUGUCAGACAUGUCUGGAAAGUUGUCAUGUCACUUCAUCUGUUUAUUAACCUGGCAACAUGCACUGAGCUGACGUCGUGUAGUGAUGUAGUCACACGGUUUCAGAUGUUGAUGUCGGAGCUACGAGUAUGAAUAAACGAGCAUGGUAUCAAACCAGUAACUGGUAACUGUAUCGGUUUUGAUGCAUCCCUAAGUUUUUACCUUAACUGCGAAUGACCAGUCGAGACAUGGUGCUCGGUGUCCUGCUUUAUUAACUCUGUGCAGUUUGAGAGAGGUGUAUGAUUUAGCAUGUAGGCUGUAUGAUGGUAAACAGGUCGUUAUAAGCUUCUCUUACUUUAGUCUUUUAGUGCUCCAGUGCAUAAAUAAAUAAAGAAGGUGUUUCUGGCACUAAACGUGCUCCUUGCCAUGUAAGUUUGGUGCUUGUAAGUUGAAUUUUUGGCUGUUAUUUAAUUAGUGACUGACACUGCCGCCAUGCUUAUGGAAACCCAUUGAACUGCCUGCUCGCAUAAACAUCAUCAAAAGAAGCAUUAAAGAGAUGAUUAGGCAAAUCUAUGCAGAAAUUGUGCUCACAUAAUAUAGUGGUCCCUUUCAUCCAUUUCACAAUCAAAAACUUUGACUCGUGCCAGUUUUUUUUUUUCCACCUUUCUUCAGUUUUUCCUCUUCCUCCUCUAUUUGUAUCAUUAUUUAUUUUGAUUUUUUUUUUUUUUUUUUGUGAUGUGUUUAAAAUCACUGUAAAAAUCCCCCUUGUGUUUGAGUUAUUUUUCAAUUUUUUUUUCAUGGCUUUGGGACUUGUUUGUUUCUCCUUCAAGCAUUUAUCUACCUCACCCUUUUUUUUAUAUAUAAAUAUAUGAACCUGUAUAUAAAGAAAAUUCAUCAGAUUUCUUUUCCCCCCAGCCAAAAAAAAAGGACUCUGUAAGUGCUCUGUGUAUGUGAGUAAACCUCAAACACUACCAACCACGGCCUGGCGGCGGAGGCGCGCUGGCGUCGUGGAGGUUCGGACAAACUGGCUGCUUUCUUGCAUCCCUAUACGGUUUCCAAUUUGUUCCUUAUUUAUUUUAGAGAAAAAGGCCUUAUAAGUUAGCUUCAAAUGUGCUGGAACGUUGUUGACAUUUAAUUUAUGCCUCUUUUGUCUUGCUGAGACGGGGGGAAACGGUACUGAGACGUCAGAGUGAAAUGGUCCUUUAUUCAUCAUGAUGGUUUUUUUUGUUUUUGUUUGUUUGCUUUUCCCCCACAAUUGUUCACCAAGUUCUAUGUUUUCUCUCAAGCUUUAUUGUAAUUGUAAGUUCAUUAUUGAGUAUUGUGUUGGAAUUUAAACAUGAAUUGAAAAUUGAUUGCCGAGAACGUUGUCGAGUGUAUGUUGGUGGCUUCUGAGUCAGUAUUGUUUGAAUGGCUUCUGGUGAAUUUAGAUGUUUUGUGCCGGGCGUCGGAAAGCUGAACCACUUUAGAAAUGGGUGAAACUGUAAGAAGAUUGGACCGAGAGUUUAAAGGACAUGACACUAAAUUUGCUCUUGCCUUUAUACAUUAUGCAGCCAACAAUCAGAACCGAUAUGGCUUGGUUAAAAGUGAAACGGGUUGCUGCAGAAAACAGUAGCUAUUAGUCCUCAUCAUUGCCCUCUCUUUACUCAACUGCCUUAAAAUUAGGCAUGUGCUGAUAUUCAGUUUGGAUAUCAUGAGAAGUUCUGACCUUUCAUCGCGGUUAAUGAUGCGGCCACCUGUCUUCAUGCAUCUCUGAGGAAGCACUUGAUAGCCGUCAUCCUCCCCAGCUGGGAGCUGACGUAUGACGGGAGAGCUUGCUGGUGCGUGGGACUUGAUCCAAACUAAAUUGGGGAGAAAAUCAGGGGAAAAUGUUUUUAUUGACUUCCUAAUUUUGCCUCGACUUUCUGCAGAGAUCGUGUUGGGUAAGGAGCCAGUUUAACAAACAUGAUUGUGAAAAGUCAGUGUACCUAACGAUGUGCCAUUACUUUACACAGCAGAGGUCCCGAUUUGAUCAAGUUGUUGGAUAGCUGUGUGCCGUAGUGUAACGCUCAUAAGCUUAAUCAGUUCCAUUUAUGCUAGCUCUUAAAAUGUCCAGGAUGCCCCUGUGCCUUCUCGUUAUCAAACUGGAGAAGGGCCUUUACGUACUCUGGCAAGAAGCAAAGUUUUAAAAUAUUCAAAUGAAGCUAAUAAUCAUACCACCGGAACAAAUCUGACCGAAUGAAUCAGCCGUUAUUUCCGCAGCUAUGUUAGAGUGAACAAAGUGAUCACGCAUCACAUUUCCCAUCGUAAACCUAUAAUUCGUUGAGAUUGGACAUAAUUUGUAUCUCAUUACAUUAAAUACAGAUUAAAUAAAUAAGCAGUAGCUGCUUUCAGUGCAAUUCUUUGAAAUCUUACAAUGCAGUUUUUUCCCUUUUCUCUUUUAAUAUUUAAGAAUGCUAGAGCUUCAGGUUAAGACGUAUACAAAAGCUAAACAUAGUUACAAUCUAUACAGUUUAUAGGAGAGAACGUCAGAAUUUGCGCAUUUGAAGGGAUUUCCCAGGUCACAACAUAUUUAUCCAGCUUUGAAAAAUCAGAUCUUUUCAUUCAGGACCGACGUUAUCUCCUUUAAACCGUCCCUCAGAUGACAUGUAUGGGUACUGAGAAUGUUCUGUUAAAUAUUGUGAUACAUCACAGAUUAUCAGCACAUGCCUACUUCACACAGAAUGGUAAAGCCAUUUAGGACUGAUGCUGCAACUGAAAGCUAGGAUUGAAGGACAGAUGGUACAAAAUUUUGAUGCUGGACAAGCUCUAACAUCGUCCUGAUGAUCCUACUCUUUCAGUAGCUGUCCAUCCUUAAACAUACUGUCCCCUCUGAAAGUACUACUACUGUCCACUACUGUAACUGCAAGGUCAACUCUUGGUUGUUAGUACUUGUCUGGUUGAUAAUACACCAGUGGUUUCAUCCUUUUUCAGGACAAUCCAAAUUGUUGUAUUGGCUAUGCCCAAUGUUUGUGCAAUGCCUCUGAUUGAUCUUCCUUUCUUUUUUCAGCUUCAAAAUGGCUUGCUUUCUCCCAUAGACAGCUCUCUGGUCUUCAUGUUGGUUUGUCCUUUUUAACGACAAAUACAGUCUUCACAGACAAAACCUUGGGCUCAAACCUAGACUAGACAUUCAGAGCUAUUUCUGGGCAACAAGAAACACCUGUCAGUCACGUAUUCCAGUAUUUUUGGGUGGGUUCAAACUAAAGGUGCCAUGUUCUAAGUUGUUUAAUACAUCUAGAUGUAAAUAUGAGGAAAUGAAAGCUGACAUUCUCAUCUGUCGUCUCAUAUUCAUCUUUUCAUCUCAAACGCAAAUUUAUUCAGUGUAUAGGGGGGGAACCCCAAAGUUUUGGCCUUGCCGUUCCAGUACUUUCAGAGCGGACUGUAAAGUCACUUCAAAUUUGUAAUACCAUUCUGGGUCCUGGGUCAGAUUGCCAUUGGGCUCGGUUUCCUCAGGGCUUCUCUGCUCUGCUGCUCAUCACACUGCUGCUCCCCAUCACUCACCUUCUGCAUGACUGAUUCUGGUCCUCACACUGUACUCUACCGGUACAUGCUUUUCACUAAGAGCGGGGCAAUGAUGUGGAUGAGAGAUGAACUCCUAGUUCUCUAAAUAAAGAUUUUAUUCACUUUAUUCCAUAUAGACAUUUUUUUAACCAAUCAACAUUCUGAUAUUUGUACAAAAAAAAUAAAUAAUAAUAAUAACAACAAUAAAGUAUGGGGUUAUUAAAAAAAGAGAGAAAUAUAUAGUUUAAAGAUAUUUAACAAAGGA